CGUAUUGCGCUGCUCUUGACAGGCUUGUUUCACUUGUUCAUUGCAUUAGCAAAAUUAAUGAAUGAAUGUCUGUAAAAUACAUCAGACUAUUCGGAGAGAAGUCUCGUCGUUGUAGCAGAACGUUAAACUGUACGGUAAACAGCUGCUAGUUUUACUCCAUGGUAAAUAAUGAUCUCUGGCUCUUAUUAACUAGGUGUGUUUACAAGUCAUCCUGUUAGCUUACAAGUGACUCUCGCAGUCUGAAACCAACCAGCUGGCAUGGCAAACUCCGUUGAAGAACAGAAGUUCAGUUUAAAAGAGGUACUCGAUACUUUUAGUCAAUGCCUCUCCGAAAGUAAAGAGGUAUAUGUCAAACACUACGUGGAGGGAUGGCGAGGUCUGGUGAGGUUCAUGAACAGCCUGGGCAGUGUGUUUACCUUCAUCUCGAAGGAUGCUGUCAACAAAAUCGAAAUCCUUGUCAACUUCCUCAACGGAGAGAGUGGGGAGCACUAUGUCACCAUCCAGUCCAUGGUGAAGUACGAGCUGGACAACGGACUGGUCGACCUCACUAAACGUGACAAGCACCCAGAGUCCGGCUGCCGGACUCUGCUGAGGCUGCACCGCGCUCUCCGCUGGCUGGAGCUCUUCCUGGAACGCCUGAGGACGAGCAGCGAGGACAGCAAGACCUCCGUGAUGUGCUCUGAAGCCUACAACGAGUCCCUAUCUCAGCACCACGCCUGGAUCAUCCGCAAAGCUGCAGGCACAGCGUUCUGGGCCCUGCCUGGGCGCCAGACUUUUUUCGACGUCAUGAACGUUGGCACACCAGAGCAGGUGGUCGCCAUGCUGGGAGAUGCCCUGCCUCUCAUCUCGGAAGUGUACAACAUUACUGAGAACCUGUAUGCUCAACACAACCUUUUACAAUUGCCAUAAAGAGAAACUGAGUCUUUGGACCGUAGAAAGACUUUCUAUGGCUCUGGGUUACUGAGUGUGCUGUGGGCUUUUUUUUACUGUCAGUUCACUGUAUAUCUGUCCAGGCGGUUAUGAAUGUAAUGUGAAUAUAUGGGUAUGAAAGGACAAUGUUUGUUUGGCAUAUUUGAGACAUGGGUAAAGGCUUACCUGAAAGCCCUCAGGUAUAAAGAUCUUUUCUCAAUCUGAAGUUCUCAUUCAGUCCAGUCUAAUGAAGAAGCUGGGUACCUGCUUACGCUUACUGUUAUAAUGUUACUGUUAUAAUGAUGGCUUGUGAUUUAACUAAUAAUGGUAUAAUAAAUAAUGUAGGUCAACGUGGUUUGAUGACUCAAACUGCCAGAAGCUACAAUCCAGCAUACCACAUAUUGUUCCGGUCAUUUUCUAAAUUAGCUGAUUUUCAUAAUCCCUUGAGUCUUUUGAACUCUAAAAAUAGGAGCCAUGAACGCCUGUGAAGAGCUUCCAAAUGUAGAUUACAAAACCAUUCUAUCCCAAUCCUUUUUCUGGCAUUCAUGACAAGCCUGGUGCUCCAGACACAACACUUCAGAUGUCAUGUAUUUUGAUCAUUUUCCCUCUGGAAAAAAAAGCUCUGAAUAGGGUCCCCAGGUGGAUGAAAAUACUGUAUCUUAUAAUAUCAUUGCUUGUAACAUUCCUAUGAUCCCCAGGUGUGAUAACUGAUUACUGACCAAAUUUGUGAAGGCAUACAACUAGAUUAUUUGGAAUUUUGUGGUGUGAGAUUUUGGCUUUUGAAUUCAAGAUUCCCAUCACUAUACUAAAUCAUUGUUGGAAUAGAAUACUGAAAAUGAGUUUUAAUGCCAUAUCAAAAUGCAUUUAAACUCAAUUAUUUAAGAUGCAUGUGUGAUGGCAUAAAAGGGAUAAUAAUGAUGAUUUAAAUGUCUCUUCAUCUAAAAGUAAAUAUUGUCAAAACAUGU